AUGACAUCUCAACCAGGACCCAUCGUGCGAAUUAAUCCCAACGAAGUCCACUGCGACGACAUCCGCUUCGCAGAUGAGAUAUACGCAACCGGUAGCCGAAAACGUGACAAGCCAAAGCACCAAGUCAACGGAUCUUCUAUCUCAUUAUCCGGCUUCGGCACCAUCGACCACGACCUCCACCGCCUCCGGCGCGUCCCCCUAGCAAAAUUCUUCUCCCGAGCCAUGAUCACACGACUCGAACCCGAAAUCCACAGCCUAGUCCAACAGCUCUGCGACAAACUACUGCGGCAAUCCGGCAGUGACAACGAACCCUUCGACAUCGCCAUGGCAUACAGCUGCUUCACUUCCGACGCCAUUUCCAGCUACAGUUUCGGCGAAAGCUUUGGGUUUCUCGACCAAGAAGGGUGGUACCCGAAUUUCCGAGAGCCCACAGCCGCAGUCCUUAGACCUGUUUUCGUGUUUCGAUUUUUUCCUUGGACGAGUAAGAGUGCGGCGCUUGCGACGACUUUUAUCGAUUAUCUGCCCAAAGACAUCGCGUUGAUGGUAAAGACUUUGCAGGUUGAUUUGCCGAAUAGAGUGCUUAAGGCGAAGGCGGAUCUUGACGCGGGGAUCACGUACGACCGACCGACGAUCUUUGCUUCACUUUUGCAGUCCGAUCUUGGUGCCGGGGAUAAGGGCGUGGUGCGCUUAGUCCACGAGGCACAAGCUGUAUUGGGUGCUGGCACAGAGACCACAAGCUGGGCUCUGGCCGUGAUGACAUACCACCUCCUAACCAACCCCCAAAUCCUGGCUAAGCUUACCCAAGAACUGCAAACCGUUGUAGAAGACCCGCUAAACCUCCCUGGAUGGACCGUCCUAGAAACACUACCAUAUCUCGGCGCUGUCAUUCAAGAAGGACUGAGACUAUCCUACGGCGUGUCUAGCCGUACAGCCCGUAUCCCGACGGAGGAAACGCUGCUGUACCGUGGCGAAUGGAAUAAGAAGCCUGUUGAAUACGUUCUUCCUAAGGGCUAUGCGAUCGGCAUGUCGUCGUACGUUACACAUCACGAUGAACGCGCUUUCCCUGACUCUUAUGCUUUUGUGCCGGAGCGGUGGUUGGAUGAGAGUAAUCAGAGGAGGAAAGAGCCGGAGCGUAGUAUACUUUCUUGGUCGAAAGGGAGUCGCUCUUGCUUGGGGAAGAAGUAA